GACCAUUGAAAAAUAGUUUUUUUUUUCCUUCCAACCGAUACAUAUACAUACCCCCUCCCUUGGUUUACUAAUAAUUUGUUCAGCAUUCGUGUCAUGAGAUGGCUAUUCCGACGCACAAGUUUCUGGAGAUGGAACAGAGGCACAAAUUCAUACCUCUCCCAACGUCCUCCUCAACGUCUCCUGCAGAUCCGCCUGUUAUAUCACCACCACAAUUACCCGACGAGAAUGUGCCUAGAAAGGGCCCUGAUCUCCGCACACUUUCCAGAAGAUUCUAUAAGAUCGCUUCUCCGUAUUGGUUUUCCGAUGAUAAAGUUCAAGCAAGAACACGAUUGGCCAUUGUCUUCGCCUUAACUUUAGGAACCACCGGAAUUAAUGUGGGUUUCAAUUUUCUGGGUCGGGAUUUCUACAAUGCGCUUGCUGACAAAGACCAAGCACAGUUUAAGAAACAACUAUUGUACUACAUCGGGGCUUUUGCUGGUGGAAUUCCGAUAUUUGUGAUUAAAGAUUAUGCGAGAGAUACUCUUGCUUUGAGAUGGAGAGCUUGGAUGACUAAGUAUUACCUGGAAGGGUAUCUCAAGAAUCAGACAUUUUACCAAAUACAGACUCAAUCACUGGUUGAUAAUCCAGAUCAAAGAAUUGUGGAUGAUCUGGGUUCUUUCACAGAAACAUCACUUUCAUUCUCUUUAACACUCUUCAAUGCAUUGUUAGAUUUGGUAUCUUUUAGCAACAUAUUGUAUAGCAUAUAUCCACCUCUUUUUGGUGUUCUUUUAGUAUAUUCAAUUGCAGGAACAGCCAUCAGCAUUUUCCUUGGGAAGGGUCUCGUCAAUUUAAAUUUCCUGCAAGAAAAAAUGGAAGCAGAUUUCCGUUAUGGCCUUGUACGUGUUCGAGAGAAUGCUGAGUCCAUUGCAUUUUAUGGUGGCGAGGAAAAUGAAUUUAAACUCCUUUUGCAGAUCUUCAGACGUGCUUUUGAGAAUUUUACCCAAUUAUUGAUAUCCACUAGAAAUCUGGAGUUUUUCACCAGUAGUUAUCGGCACUUGAUUCAGAUUCUUCCUGCUGCAGUUGUUGCGCCCAUGUAUUUCGCGGGGAAGAUUGAAUUCGGUGUUAUAACCCAGUCUGUUUCUGCCUUCAAUCAUAUUCUCGGAGAUUUUUCCCUCAUUGUUUAUGAAUUUCAGGCUAUCAGUGCCUUUUCAGCUGUCAUUGAGCGACUCGGUGAAUUCGAUGAUGUAUUGGACUACACCAGUAGUAACGAUCCUCUCGAACCCUUUGAUGAGAUUCAACUGACGUAUAUCAAUGUGAAAGAUUCACCCUUUUUACUGUCCAAGACGCCUUCAGGUGCACACAAGUUGCUGGAGAUUGAGAGUUUGAGUGUACAGACUCCGACAAAUAAAGCCCUACUUAUCAGGGAUUUGUCGCUGACAGUCUGCAACAAUGAGCAUUUGCUGGUUACUGGACCAAGUGGGACUGGGAAAACUUCUUUGUUAAGAGCAAUUGCUGGUCUUUGGCGUGCGGGUAGGGGAAAGAUUACAUUUUAUGCUAAGCAUACACUAGAUGUGACGGCUCCUAAUGAAUCAAGUAAGACGGUUGAUAUUCAUAAUGAUGAUAAAAGAUCAAAAUACCGGGAUUUUAAAGGUGUAUUUUUCCUUCCCCAAAGGCCGUAUAUGGUUUUAGGAACCCUUCGACAACAGUUGCUUUAUCCCACAUGGCCCAGUGCUCAAGAUUCCGCACCGCGUAGCUCUAUGUCAAAUGGCUUGUUGCCUUUUUUUGAAGAUGCACCGAGGCCUGAAGUUGUUAGUGCACCAUUUUUGCCGCCUAACACAAAUGAUUUAAUAAAGGCUUUAGAAGAUGUAUGUCUUGGCUACUUGGUGUCACGGUUCAGUGGUCUGGAUACAAUCAAUGAAUGGUCCAGUGUUCUUUCUCUUGGUGAGCAGCAACGGCUUGCAUUUGCGCGCUUGUUGCUUUCUCGACCAGACCUUGUUCUAUUGGAUGAAUCCACUAGCGCUCUAGAUGAAGCCAACGAGGCUCACUUGUAUGAAAAAGUUAAUGCAGCAGGAAUCACAUACAUAAGUAUUGGGCACCGAACGAGCCUUGGUAAAUUCCAUAAAAAGGCUUUGCAGAUCACACCUAUACAUUUGGAGUCUAAGCAGCCUAAUUGGAGCAUAAAAGAAAGCCCGGUCUUCGAUUCUUGAACGCGUACAUAUCUGCAAUCAUUAAUCUUGAUUUGCAGGGUCAUCCACAAAUAUACUUUACCCUCAAUAAAGUAUCUCAGUUGUAACGAAUAAACAUAUGAGGUUCAAAUUUCCAUUUUACCCUCAAUGAUUUUAAGAUAAGUAUAUAAGUUUAAAAUUCAAUCAA